UCAUUAAAUUUUAACGCGGCCAACUGAACGAUCGUGAAGUCACUUUUCACAGGAGAAUUCUCAAAGAUUUUCAUAUAAGGAAACUUUUAAUGAACGAACGCAAAAAAUUAUGAUAUUGCGUUCUACUCUUUUCCUUCUUGUCCUAGGCCUUUCGGCCUUUAAAUGGACAAAUGCGCUCCCAGUUGAAAUUGUCGAUUUAGAACGUAUGAAGACGUCGAUUGUCGAUUCAUCAAAGGCAGCAGAGAUUAUAGACAGCGAUAUCGAUGAUAAAUUAGAAGAUGCUGAAUCAGAAAAGGUUGAUGAAUUUGAAGAUGAUGCUGACUCGGCUAAAAAAGCCAGUGUGCCCGAUUCACCAAGCACGGUAGUUGCUACUGAAGGUGAAGAGAGCCCAGCAAAGAAACAAGAGGUUUUGGAUGACAAAAAGGAAACUGAUGCCAAUGAGAAUCUCAUGAGUGAGAUAAAAAAGGCCAAAGAUGACUCUGAUGACGUAGGAAAACGAGACUACGGCUGGGGUGGUCACGGAGGCGGUGGUCACGGAGGCGGUGGCUACGGAGGUGGUGGCUACGGAGGCGGUGGCUACGGAGGCCAUGAAGGAGGACACCAUGGUUAUGGUGGAUAUGGCCACGGGGAACACGGUCAACAUGGUCACCACGAACACGGACACGACCAUCACGAUCAUGGUUACGAAUUCUACGAAGAGUAUAAUGAUCAUGAAGGUGGUCAUCAUGGCGGCCACGGGGGCGAACACGGUGGUGGCCACGGAGGCGGCUACGGAGGCGGCCACGGAGGCGGCCACGGCCACGGACACGAGGGACACGAACACGGCCAUCAUGGGCACCAUGCUGGAUAUCAUCAUGAAUGGGGUCAUCAUGACGAAGGAGAGCAUGGUGGUCAUGGUGGAUAUGAACAUGGCGGACAUGGAGGAGGACACCAUGGCGGUGGCGGCGGUUAUGGAGGAUACAAGAAAGAGGAGAUCAAAACGGAAGACGCCGGAAAGGCCAAAGUCAAGAAGCAAGACGACAAAAAACAAGACGACAAAAAGCAAGGAAAAAAGGAGAAAGCUAAGGAGGCAGCCGAAACAAAAAAGGCAGAGAAAGAAGAUGAGAAGGAGGUUGAAAAGACUGAAGAGAAAGCACACGCUGCCGCUGUCCCUGUCCAACAACCAGGUCAGCAGGCCCAAGCUAACUCUUUAAACUGGGGAAACCUUAAGUUGACUGCCAAUGGCAAACAAGGGGCAGCUUCGACUCCUGUAGACCAGUCUCGUGAAAAUGGGAUAAAAAACUGGUGGAAGGUUGGUGAUGGCCAUGUGCACUGGGGACAUGACCAUUGGGGAUCACCCCAUCAUGUUCACCACGGUGGCGGUGGAUGGGAAUACGGGCAUACCGGAAUGAAACACGGACAUGGCCACUUCAGGGACGAGGUACCUGAUUGCAACGACCCUGAAACUGCUACUACCAACAAACGAUGCCUACAUGGAGGUUUUGGCCAUCAUGGAGGCGGCUACGGUCACCAUGGAGGCGGCUAUGGUCACCAUGGAGACGGCUACCAUUUUGUCGAUCAUGGCAGCCAUCAUGAUGAUCACCAUGGAGGACAUCACCAUGACUUCCACCUCAGAGGACCAUGGACUUUCGGAUAUGACGAUUUCGGCGAUGACUGGGCUGACUGGGAUCACAACCACCACAACUUUGAUCAUCUGUCACAUCUUGAGCACCCACAUGAGGAGCAUGGUGGUCAUGGAUACGGCAAGGAUGAUGUCCCAAAUGGCGAUGAUGCACAGAGUUCCAAGAAAUUCCACUUAGUACCAAUCAAUCCAUACUAUGGUGGUUGGGGCUUCCCUAUCAAUGGGGGCUGGGGACACGGACGUGGACGUGGACACGGACAGGGUGGAUAUGGAGUUGGAUACUGGCCAGGCAGCUACGGAAUCGGGCACGGUCACCAUGGCUUCGGACACCACGGUGUUCUCGGACAUUUCCCUCUAAGGGGAGGAUGCAUUGGUGGUUUGUACAGAGAUAACAUCAAGAAAGGAGGUAAGGGUGCAAGAAGAUGCCUGUUUGGAAGAGUCGGCAGUCCAUUAGGUGGAUGGUAUGGUUGGGGAUCAUGGCCAUGGGGUGGUUAUGGUGAUUUCGUUGGACAUGGCUCUUUUGGUGGUGAUGUUGGAAGUGGUCAUCAUGGCUACUUCUAUCGGGUACUUCCAGUUUUCGGAAGACGCAAUGCCCUUUUCGGAAAAGGUGGCAUUCCCAAUGGACAAGAGGGACAGGCUGGUGCAAGCAGCAGACAGGGUGUUGUGUAUCCUUACGUCGGAUAUGGUCCGUGGGCAUCUUACCCAUGGUGGGCUGAUUGGUGGGGCGGUCACGGCCACCACGGAUGGGGAGCUGGUAACGGAGGUCACGGUGGAGGUCAUGGUGGAGGUCAUGGUGGAGGUCAUGGUGGCGGUCAUGGUGGCGGUCAUGGUUUAGGUGGAUUCGGUCAUGGCGUCGGCCUUCAUUGCAGAGACAUUAUUCCAAGUGACAAAAAUGACAAUGCCAAAUCAAAGAGAUUCUGUGUCCCAAUUGGAUAUCACGGAGGAUACGGCUGGCCUUUCUGGCACGGAUAUCCUGGAGCAGGGCUUGGCAUGUAUGGCUGGGGAUGGCCAUGGUACAAAUCAAAGGUGCCAAAAGGCGAGCAAGCAGCCAAAGAGUCAAAGAAAGUUGAGGAAAAGCCUGACAAAGGCAAGAAGGAAAGCGAAGACAAGGCGAAAGAUGUAAAGGCAACUCAGCGUGAUCAAAUCCCAAGUGCAGACCACAAGCCAGAGAAAAAACAGACCAUUCAUGUUGGUUACGGAUACGCAAGUGGCGAUAACUACCGCCUAGGAUAUGGCUUUGGCGGCAUGGGUGGCGUUAAUGGUUUCAAUGGUCAUAGUAGUACUAGCGCUUCAGGUGGCAUGAAUAUCGAUGAUGGUCACUCAGAAGGAGCAUUCAAGAAAUCUGAAAUGCCAACACAAAAAGAAAGCGCUCUUUUGCCAGAAAGCGAUAAGCAGCAGGUAACAGCCACCAAGCGACACUUUGGCGGUGGCCAUAUGGGUGGUGAAAACAACCCAGGAUUUGGCUAUGCCAUGCCCUACGGUCACCCUGUCACCCAUCCUGGUUUCACCACUGUUGCUUGGCCCGGACAUGCAAUCACUACAAAUGAUAUAAAAAAUAUGAUCCCCAAAGCACCUGUGAAAGUCAAGAGGCAAAUCAUGGGCGGAGCAGAGAACUUCCCUGGAAUGAUGCCAAUGGCUUCGGAGCAGCCAUUUCCACAGGAACAGGAACCAGAGAUGAUGGGGCCUAACGGAUUCCCUGACCAAGCUGGCAGCGCACUUGUAAACGGACCUAGUGAUGGCUAUCCAACUUUCCCAAGAGCAUUUAUUCCAAUGGUUCCUAGACCAGAGAUGUACCCGCGUAUGUUUGCACCAGGCUAUUUCAACUACUUGAGAAAUGACGAUUCGGCAUUGGAAAACUAGAAUUAGCAUAAAUUUUAAUAGCAAGGCCCAUACUGAAUGUAACUUGACAAGAUCACUGGACCUUGUUGGUGAUAUUUCUUGAUUCUCAAGAGAACAUCCGACGAAACUGGUUUCGAUUUCAAAGAAAAUUGGAAAAAUUAUGAUAAAACUAUUUAACGUUUUACGUUACUAAUAGAUUUGACAUAUUAUUGCAAAGAGGGCAGCCCGCUUGAAGGCCAACGUAAACUGCAAACUAUUUAUUGAAGCUAGGAAUGAAUAUAUAUCUUAUUUAAUUAAGUAGCUAUAUGACAAAGUAUUGCUUGCUUGGAAUUGGUUUUUGAGAAAGUCACGUUUGUUUUAAAAGAGGCAGAUUAUAAGAAUGACUGACUUGCUUCAUUAAAACUAUGGCCUACUGAGGCUGCCUGCCCUCUUUGAAAUCCUUAAUGUAGAUUCUACGCAAAUUCCAGCAACAACCAAAAGUUCCGGACUACUGUUUAUAUUAGAACAUGGAAUUGUGAUAAA